GUGUCCUGUUUGUUUACUAUUUUCCCACAGAAAUACUGUAAAACUCUGCGAUUAUCACACAAGUACCGCGAAAAGGAUCAUCGAGCCUCAGUAUGAGCGAUUCGGGAGCAAUGGAGCCCCGCUCGAAGCGGCAGAAGAUCGACAAGCACGGAAGAUUUGCGGCUCUGCAGCGUCUGAAGGAGAUCAAAUCCUCAGGCACGAAGCACAAGUAUGAGCUGUCUGCCGAAGUGGACAACGUGUACGACACUGUGGAUGAGAAGGAGUACUCAAAGAGGGUGCAAACGCGAGCCGCUGAUGACUGGAUUGAUGACGACGAUGGGCAGUACGUGGAAGACGGUCGAGAGAUAUUUGAGGAUGAAGACUCAGACGAGGAGGUCGCUACCAAGAGUAAGAAGGUGUCCAAGAAACGCGCCAGGGAGGAUGUGAAGCCGGCCAAAGGGAAGAAUUCUAUACGGAAUCUCUUCAGCAACGCUGUUCCCAGAAAAAGCGCUGCUGUGCCUCUGGGCGAGGACAGCAUCUUGUCGGAGAUUCUGGGAGAGAUCGACGAUCCCCAGAAGAACGGCAAGGAGAAAGCCGCUGUGGUGACGAAGAAGCCCUCGGUGAUAAAGAAAUCGGAGAACAAUGCCGUGAAAGAAUACAUGCAGAGCUUCACGAAGAACAUCAGGAAGGAAGCUCCCAAGGAGGAGUCGAAGGGCAGCGAUGAUGAGCUCCUGGACAGGAUUGCCGAGCAAACGAUGGAGGGUAAGGCUAAAGUCGUGGAACCUGUCGUGCAAGCCAAGGAAGUGCCAGAAAAAGCUCCUGAACCGGAAGAGAAGAAGGUAGAUGAUGAUUUGGCUGAUCUACUGUUCGACACAGAGGAUUUCACGAUGGAUUUCGACGCGGAGUUCGCGCAACCGGAGGCAAAGAAUCCCACGAAGGAGAAAAUUCAAGCAAUCUCCACACAGACGAUCAACACAAACUGGGAAUCCGUGGCAGGAGCGAAUGUGGAGCAAGAAAUUGACUUCAGCGCUUUCGACAUGUCGGACUUCUCCAAUGAGUCCGAGAAGAAGAUUUGGUUCUGGGACGCGUGGGAGGAUCCGUUCAAGCGCCCAGGACAGCUUUUCCUCUUCGGUCGCGUGCGCGUCGAGAACGCGAAAGAUAGCUACAAAUCCGUUACGGUUCACAUUCAGUCGGUGAAUCGGCGUCUCUUCCUGCUGCCGAGGCAGUAUCUGCUGGAUAAGGUGACGCGCGAAGAGACGCGCGAGAAGGUGACGCUGGCGCACGUGAUGAAGGAGUUUCAGGAGGUGUUGCAGGAGCUGAAGAUAGAAUCCUUCCAGACCAAGUCCGUGUCGAAGAAUUUCGCCUUCAAUGUGAGGGGCGUACAGAUCCCUGAGUCCUCGGAGUGCGUCGAGAUCAGGUACAGCGGCCACUUGAGUACUCCAGUGAACAAGUUCAAGCGCUUCCUAUCCAUCGCCCACGUCUUCGGCACCAACACGACGCCGCUGGAAACUUUCCUGCUGGACAGCAAGAUCAAGGGCCCUUGCUGGCUCACCGUCAAGCACUUCCAGCUCCGCGAGCGCCCACUCACGUGGAGUCGCGUCGAGAUGGUGGUGGCCAACAGCAAGUCCGUGAGCGUGGCGCCAGAGAACAACCAGAAUCCGCCUCCGCUCACUCUCCUCACGCUCAACGUGCGCUCGAGUCUCAACACGAAGAACAUGAAGAACGAGAUUGUGAUGAUCGCAUGCCUGAUUCAGGACAAAUUCCUCGUCGAUCGGCCGCCACCAAAUCCCGCCUUCAAUCGCCACCUGUGCGGUGUCACGCAUCCCACAAGCCAAGCAUGGCCAGUAGACUUUGGCGCCAAGUUCAAGGGCUACACAAAGACCAAGGCGAAGAAGUUUGAGGCCGAGCGCGAGCUGCUCAGCUGGUUCCUGGCCAUCUACCAAAACACCGAUCCCGACAUCGUGAUCACGCACGACGCCGCCGAUUGUCAGCUGGACCUGAUCGCUGAGCGAAUCGUGGCACUCAAGGUGCCGAAUUGGUCGCGCAUCGGGCGUCUGCGGAGGACGGCGAUGGACAGCAAGCGCUACAUGGACAACUACACGGGCAGAAUGAUCUGUGACGUGAAGAAGUCCGCCGAGGAGCUGAUCAAGGCGCGAAGCUACGAUCUGGGAACACUGUGCACGGAGGUGUUAAAGAUUGAGGAGGAGAAUCGCAUCGAAAUCUCAAAUGAUGACAUCCAUUUUAUGUACGAGACCAGCAAUGAGAUCCUCAAGCUCAUCACGCUGACCAUGCAAGAUGCCGCUUAUAUCCUGCGUCUCAUGUGCGAGCUCAACGUGCUUCCGUUGGCGCUGCAGAUCACGAACGUGUGUGGAAACAUGAUGGCUAGGACGCUCCAGGGCGGGCGAUCCGAGAGGAAUGAGUAUCUCUUGUUGCACGCCUUCAACGAGCGCGAGUACAUCAUUCCGGACAAGAAGGAGCGGGCCAUUGGCAAGGAGUGGGAGAAGGAUAGCGCGGGACAGACGCGCAAGAAGGCCGCCUACACGGGAGGCCUCGUGCUGGAGCCCAUCAAGGGCUUCUACGACAAGUUCAUCCUUCUGAUGGACUUCAAUUCGCUGUACCCAAGCAUCAUCCAGGAGUACAACAUCUGCUACACCACCAUCGACGAGCCGCUGGACGUGGAGGACAACAUCCAGCUGCCCAGCGCGUCAGUGGGCCAGGGCGUGCUCCCCAAACAAAUUCGCCGUCUCGUGGAGAACCGUCGCGAGGUGAAGAAACUCAUGGCGAAUCCUGACUUGUCACCCGAGCAGCGGAUGCAGUACAAUAUCAGACAAAUGGCGCUCAAGCUCACCGCCAACUCGAUGUACGGAUGCUUGGGAUUCAGUCACUCUCGAUUCUACGCGCCACACUUGGCUGCCUUGGUCACCCGCAAGGGCAGAGACAUCCUGAUGGACACCAAGGAUUUGGCCACGAAGCUCAAUCUGGAAGUCAUCUACGGAGACACAGACAGUAUAAUGAUAAACACCAACUGCGUGGACUACGAGCAAGUGUUCAAGAUCGGCGUGACUGUGAAGCAGAGGGUGAACAAACUAUAUAGAAACGUGGAGCUGGACAUUGACGGAGUGUUUAAGUAUUUGCUGCUACUGAAGAAGAAAAAGUACGCUGCUCUCACGGUCAGCAAGGCGAAGAGUGGUGAGCUGAAGUACAACCAGGAGCUGAAGGGACUCGAUAUUGUGCGUCGCGACUGGUCGAAGCUGUCCGUGACGGUGGGCAAGGCGAUCAUUGACGACAUCUUCAGCGAGUCCGAGGCGGACGAGAAGAUCGAGAAGAUUCACAGUCGCCUGGAGAGCAUUCGCCAGGACAUUCACGAGGACAAAGUGCCGCUGCCACUGUUCGUGAUCACCAAGCAACUCACGCGGGCGCCAAAGGAGUACGCCAGCAAUGCCAACUUACCGCACGUGAACGUGGCGCUGAGGAUGAACAGCACGCAGAAUAGGAGGUUCAAGAAGGGCGACACCGUGAGCUACGUUAUCUGCCAUGAUGGCACGGACAAUUCGCAGAUGCAGCGCGCCUAUCAUCUCGACGAGCUGCCGCUGAACGACAAGCUGAAGAUCGACGCCGAUUACUACCUCACGCAGCAGAUCUUCCCCGUGAUUUCACGCCUGUGCGAGCCUCUGGAUGGCACGAAUAUCUCUCGCCUGGCGCAGUGCCUGGGCCUGGACGCGAAGAAGUACAAAAGUCUAGAGGAGAAGAUCGACCGCGAGGAGGAGCUGAACGACGUGAACACUCUGGUGAAGAGCAGCGCUCAGAAGUAUCACUUCUGCGAGAAGUUCACCUUCAAGUGCGUCUCUUGCCACCACGAAAAUCCCAUGGCGGCGGCAGUGAGGCGCGUGGAGUCGAAUCUGGUGCCCGUUCUUGCUGCGUGCGUCAAUCCCGCGUGCAAGAUUCCACCGUGCGAGUAUCUGCCGGGGGUGCAGAACCAGUUGCUCAUGCAGCUGAGGAAGUUCCUGGAUCGCUUCUACGAGAACUGGAUGGUGUGCGACGACAACGCGUGCUCGCACAACACGAGAAUCAUCACGCAUGUCCUCUCGAACGAUCGGCCCACGUGCUUCGCCUGCGGCAGAGGGAAUCUCGUGAGGCAGUACUCAGAGACAGAUCUCUAUACACAAAUCCGCUAUUUUCAGUACAUCUUCGACCUCUCGCAGCCUCAAUACAAAAAGCUGAAGAUCACGCCUCAGGUUGAAGAUACUUAUCGGAGCCUCAAGGAAACAGUGGAUCAAUUUCUGGGCAGAUCGGCGUAUUGUAUUGUCAACUUGGGCACAAUCUUCAGCAAGCUCCACCUCGCGAAGCGGAAGAACGACAAUUAGACUCCGAUUUCCGCAGUCCUCGCCCAUAAAAGCGUCUUCUUUCGAGUAAGUGAGCGCAAGAUUUGCAUUUUUAGGGCUUCUCAU